AUGUUUGCAUCCAGGAUUGCUGGAUCAUCGUUACGGACCGCAUGCUACGCGUCUCGGUUGCCGGCGGUUCCUGCCUUCCGUCCUGCUGUGUCACAACUUCGUCGCCUUUCCCAAAACCGCGUGCAUCAUGACCAGCAGAGGAAGGAUACCCACAAGCCUUCAGACGAGCAACCAUCUGUCUUGGUAGAUGUAUCACGGCCGAUCGACCAUACUACCGAAAACGCGACACAUGAAAUUCCUACGGGGGUUAGAUAUCUUCGCCCUGCACUAUGGGCUCUCUCGGUAUCCUGCGGCAUCUUUUACGGUCUCGCUUAUCUGGAGGCCAAGGCAGAGCUCAAAGAAAAGCCGGCAUCUGGUGGAGGGUGGUUUCAAGCACCGCGAUGGAACACAACACAACGCGGACCGCCAACCCCGACUGAAGUCGUAACUGGAGCCUGGACCGGUCUCGAUCCCAUUUCGAGAGUCACAUACGGACUUAUCGGGGCCAAUAGCGGCGUUCAUCUCAGCAGCUUUCUCAUGCCUAAAGCCUGGGACGCACUAUGGCAUACACCCGCUCGCAAUGUCAACUACACUCAAUUCACAUCCAUGUUUGUACAUGCUGGAGCCUUGCAUUUUUUCGUCAACAUGUAUUUCUUGAACAACUUCAUGGCGCCAGUCGGGUACUCGCGACUGUUCGAAGGUAGCCCAUAUCAUACGUUGUCGUUCUUCCUCUCGGCGGGUGUGCUGUCAGGCUUUGCUCAACACUGGCAGACAUGGAGUACCCGCAUACCCUUCCAUAACAGGCGGCCAAUCCCUGAGAUCUUCAUCAAAUCCGGCGGUGCAUCAGGAGCACUUUUCGGAAUACUAGGGGUGUUCUGCAUGCAAUAUCCGCACGCUGGAAUAGGGAUAUUGUUUAUUCCAGUACACUUCGAUGCGCAAUAUGUUCUGCCUGCGAUCCUUCUUUUCGAUCUCGUUGGCGUCAUUCGCGGCUACAGCUUCGUGAACUUUGGCCACGCAGCUCACUUCGCCGGCGGGAUGCUUGGCAUAGCAUACUCAUAUUUUGAUGGUAAAACAAACCUUUGGAAACCGCUAGUGCGCCACUGGAAACGCCGCCUACAGUCUUAG